AUGAGGUAGACACUGUGCGCCUUAGUUAUCUGACCUACUUUGGAGAAUGGUCGUUGUUGAUAACCAUAUAUAGCUAACCCAUUUUCUCUUUCUCCUCGGAUAGAGUUUUGUAAUCUCCUUUCCAUAAAGUCUCUGAAGCAGCGCUCAGGCGGCUACGCGGAACAGCGACACAACCUGCCCCGACAGACAACAGCUUCAACAACACAGUGCAAGUUGACCGGGGUUUGUCUGAUCCUCUGACAUGACUGCGUUUUGUCAUAAUGACGCUCCCGGCUUGGCUGUAUUUGCAUAAGUGAGUGCACCGACAAAGAGCAGAAGACUCCCCCAGCGCGGCCGUGUUCGUAGCCCCAUUCCCCGGUGUCGGAGCCCUCUAUGGCGGAGCCCACAGAAGCAGCCCCGGGGAGCGCAGAGGAAGACCCGCCUGAAGACAUAAACGAGGCCGAGCUGGCUCUCAAAGGCAUCAACAUGCUGCUCAACAAUGGGUUUAAGGAAAGCGACGAGCUCUUCAGGGCGUACAGAAACUACAGUCCUCUGAUGAGCUUUGGGGCCAGUUUUGUCAGUUUUCUGAAUGCCAUGAUGACUUUUGAGGAGGAGAAGAUGCAGAUGGCCCUGGAGGACCUGAAGGCCACAGAGCGUCUGUGUGAGAGUGACAGCACUGGGGUUAUCGAGACAAUUAAGAACAAGAUCAAGAGGACUAUGGACUCUCAGAGGUCAGGAGUGGCAGCAGUGGACCGCCUUCAGAGACAGAUCAUCAUCGCAGACUGUCAGGUUUAUCUGGCCGUGCUGUCCUUCAUCAAACAGGAACUUUCAGCGUAUAUCAAAGGAGGCUGGACUCUCCGCAAAGCCUGGAAAAUGUACAACAGAUGCUACAGUGACAUCACCCACUUACAGGAGGGGCACAGGAGGAGAGCCUCGGAGCAGCCCACAGCGCCCCCUAUCGCCUCCUCCUCAGACCCCCCCAGCCACAACUCGUCCCCCGGCCCCAGCCCCUCCCUGCGCCCCCACACCAUCAGCCUCGAGGCCCUGGACCGGCUCAAAGGCUCCGUCAGCUUUGGCUACGGCCUCUUCCACCUCUGCAUCUCCAUGGUUCCCCCACACCUACUCAAGAUCGUCAACCUGCUGGGUUUCCCCGGCGACCGCCACCAGGGCCUCUCUGCGCUCUCCUACGCCAGCGAAAGUAAGGACAUGAAGGCCCCCUUAGCUACCCUGGCCCUGCUCUGGUACCACACAGUUGUCCAGCCGUUCUUUGCCCUGGAUGGCGUCGACACACAGGCCGGACUGAUGGAAGCUAGAUCCAUUCUCCAGCAGCGAGAGGCCACCUAUCCCAACUCCUCCCUCUUCAUGUUUUUCAAAGGCAGGGUCCAACGUCUCGAAUGCCAGAUCAGCAGCGCCUUGACAUCUUUUAGCAGCGCCUUAGACCUGGCUUCUGGUCAAAGGGAAAUUCAGCACGUGUGUUUAUAUGAGAUAGGCUGGUGCAGCAUGAUCGAGUUGAAUUUUGGAGACGCCUACAGGGCCUUUGAGCGUCUGAAGAACGAGUCGCGUUGGUCUCAGUGCUACUACGCUUAUUUAACUGGAGUCUGUCAAGGAGCCAGCGGUGAGCUAGACGGGGCCAUGGCUGUCUUCAAGGAUGUUACGCAAUUGUUCAAACGAAAGAAUAAUCAAAUUGAGUUGUUUUCCAUGAAGCGAGCAGAGAAACUACGUAGCCCCAAUGUCACCAAAGAACUGUGCAUCCUGUCAGUGAUCGAGAUUUUGUAUUUGUGGAAAGCUCUGGCCAACUGUUCCGCUCCAAAGCUGCAAACCAUGACACAAGUCUUGCAAGGGAUAGACGAUGCUUCCUCUACAGGCUUAAAAUAUUUACUUCUGGGUGCCAUCAACAAAUGUCUUCACAAUACCAAAGAAGCCGUACAGUAUUUCCAUUUAGCUGCAAGAGACGAGGUGGGCUGUCUCACCAACUCCUAUGUACAACCCUACUCCUGCUAUGAACUGGCCUGUGUGCUCCUGAGUAACCAAGAGACUGCAACCAGGGGUCGAAUGCUAAUGCUUCAGGCAAAGGAGGACUACGCAGGCUAUGACUUUGAGAACAGAUUACAUGUGCGCAUUCAUUCAGCACUGGCCUCAAUGCGGACCUCAGCUCAGCCUUAGGGAUUGCUCUGUACCUCACUCUACCCACUGUCAUGAAAAAGCAACAAUGCCACUGAAAUUUCUAUUUUAUAAUUUGUUCUAUUUAUUUUUGAACCAUGUGCCAAUAAUAUUUAUGUGUGCAAUAUCAAGAUUUGUAUGGGCAAAUGUUACAGUAAGUUUUAUCUGUUACUAGAGUAACAAACAAAUUGAGAUAACUUUUUAGAAAUGGCCAUAUUUAGUACUUUUACAUUUUUAAAGGGAUGGGUUGCAUAUUGUACUUUUGAUGUGAGCUCUGUCAGAAGUUAAAUACUGUAAAGACAUAUCCAAAGUAUUCCACAGCAAUCAAGUGAAACUGAAUGUCUCAGUGUAGUAAUUUACUGUACCCUAUUAUGACUUCAGUGUUGUACAGGCUUGAGUAUUUUGUAUUUAAAUAGUUGCACAUACAACAUGUGCUGUACAAUAAUGCCACCUUAACGGUGUUUUGCACUGUGUUUUAAUAAAAUUAAAUAUUGUAAAA